CUAGGAGAGAAGUAAGAAAGAAUACGAUAAAAAUGGAACCCACACCACAAAAUGGUGACGCCAACAAUUUUGGCCACACUGAUGAAGUCCCAUCCCAUAUAGAUCAAAGCGGUGUUUAUGGAUCUACCUUCCGUCCUUCGACAACAAAUCUUUUUUCCCCCUAAAUCAAUCCUUCUGUAAACACCUCCUCACAUCACCCCUUACAUUACAACCUUACCCAAAUCCAAAACCCAACAACAAAACAAAUUUCAACCGAUUUUUAAAAGCACUGAAUUUCAUAGUUUGACUCUUUCUUUCUCAAAUUCCUACCCUUUUUUUUCUUCUAAUUAUAUCAUCGUCUUUUUCUUUUUCAUCAUCAUCAUUUCCUUAUUUUCAUAGGAAAAAAAAAAAAAAAAAACCGUUAUUAUUUAUGCUUUGGACAGCCGCCAUUAUCAAUACUGUAUUAAACUCCUCAAUUUUCAAGGCACCCCAUUUCUUAAGUUUGGUCAGAUUUUCAGGAACUAUUGUUCAAUAGUCGGUUGUUUGAUUACAACAGCUCUAAUAAUUUGGGUUUUGAAGAUUUCCUGUGAUUAUAAUCUAUGCAACUUUGGAUAUUUCUCAUCUUGUGUCUGACUUUGAACAUCAGUUGACUAAGAUUAUCUGCCUGGUUUAACUUGGUGUGAAGGGACGAAUAUAUUGAAGACUUCAGCUGUGGAAGAGAAAAUUUUGGUGGUGUCUACGUUAUGUAUGUUUUGUCUUAGUCCUGUUAUUUUAGGAGGUAAUUUUGUUGUUUUUUUUUUUCAUGGAAUACUCCUUUUCUCCUAAGGAAAAAGGAGAUAGUUUUUGGGCUUCUACAAGUCCUCAAUCAGAUAUCCCUAUGUCGGUUAAUGGCGAAACAAUGAAUUCGACUGAAGAUCAUCAGUUUGUAAACAUGUCGGACAUGAUGAGUUUGGAUGGUUAUGGUGGAUGGUGCAACAGCCCCUCUUCAAAUGAGCAGUUGUUAGCAUCUUAUGUGUUAUCAUCACUUCCAUUUAUGCCUAUGAAUUAUGCUGCUUAUGAUCAACUUAGUUUUGCUGAAAAUGCCAAUUCUGCAUUUCCUAUGAAUGACAGUGGGUGCAGUACUCUGAAUGUGUUUGGAAGUCCUCUUAAUAAUGUAGAUAAAUUGGUGCUGCCACAUAAAGAUGCACAGCUUAGUCCUCCAGUAGGUUCAUCAGAGGAUAAUGAUUCUUCUUCGAAACAAGAGAACAUAUUUAUGCUGUCGCAGAAUAGAAUUCCUCGGCCUCUUGGGCUUUCACUGCCUGAGAGGAUGCUUCGUAUGUUAUCAUUAUUUAAAGAGUCAUCUGGGGGAGGUAUUUUGGCUCAAGUGUGGGUUCCUAUUAGAUCUGGAGAUCACUAUAUAUUGAGCACGUGUGAACAGCCGUACUUGCUUGAUCAAAUGCUGCUAGGUUAUCGCGAAGUAUCCAGGUCAUAUACUUUCUCUAUUGAACAGAAACCGGGCUCCUUUCCUGGGCUUCCUGGGCGUGUAUUUAUUUCCAAGUUACCAGAGUGGACUUCAAAUAUAAGUUAUUAUAGUUCUGCUGAAUACUUAAGAGUUAAACAUGCUCUUGAUCAUGAAGUUCGUGGAUCUGUUGCAUUACCAAUAUUUUCUCCUGAUGAAAGCUCAUGUGUUGCUGUGUUGGAGCUCGUUACUGUGAGAGAAAAAUCCAACUUUGAUAUAGAGAUGGAAUCUGUUUGCCAUGCUCUUGAGGCAGUAAAUUUGAGAACAGCUACACCUCCUCGGCUUCUUCAUCAGCACCUCUCAUUAAACCAGAGGACUGCCUUGGCAGAAAUAACUGAUGUGUUAAGAGCUGUGUGCCAUGCACACAGAUUGCCUUUGGCUCUUACAUGGAUCCCCUGCACUUUUGAGGAGGAAGAUGGUGAAAAAAAGUUUAGUGUAUAUGUUCAAGAUAAUAGUUUAAAUCUGAAUGAAAAGUCUGUGUUGUGCAUUGAAGAGACUGCUUGCUAUGUGAUUGAUAAAGAAAUACAAGGAUUUGUCACUGCAUGUGUAGAACAUUGUCUUGAAGAAGGACAAGGUGUUGCUGGAAAAGCCCUUCAAUCAAAUCUUCCAUUUUUCUUCCCUGACAUCAAAAAUUAUCAUAUUAGUGAAUAUCCACUUGUCCAACAUGCCCGGAAGUUUGGGCUGGGUGCUGCUGUUGCAAUUAGACUAAGGAGCACUUAUACUGGGAAUGCUGACUACAUAUUGGAGUUCUUUCUGCCUCUUAAUAUUAAAGGGAAUAAGGAGCAGCAGCUAUUGUUGGAUAGCCUUGCAGGUACCAUGCAAAGAAUAUGCAAGAGCUUAAGGACUGUUACAGAUGCAGAACUGGUAGGUUCUCCAGAUUCAAAAGUUGAAAAUCGUGAAGCAUCACCAAGCUUUUUUCCAAGAGAUUUACCACAGUUAUUUGCUCAAAGCGGAUCAAUUGGAACUGAGCAGAUGUCUUUUGAUUCCCCUAGCAUAAUAAAUGAUCAAAUCAAAGAAGAUGGCCAUUCUGAGAAGGCAAGUGGUUCUAGAAGACCAAUGGAGAAAAAGCGAAGUACAGCAGAGAAGACAGUAAGCCUAAGUGUAUUGCAGCAGUACUUUUCUGGGAGUCUUAAGGAUGCUGCAAAAAGCAUUGGUGUUUGCCCCACCACAUUAAAAAGGAUAUGCAGACAGCAUGGUAUAUCAAGAUGGCCUUCACGGAAGAUAAACAAGGUGAAUCGUUCACUGAGGAAAAUCCAAACUGUUCUUGAUUCUGUUGAGGGAGUAGAAGGGGGAUUAAAGUUUGAUCCUACGACAGGGGAGCUUGUGGCAGCAGGAUCCGUUAUACAGGAGCUUGAUGCUCGGAAUAAUCUAUUUUUGCCCUGCAAAAUUUUACCUGUUAGAAAGUGUGAAACUGGUAAGCAAGAUGAACUGUGCUUCCCUUCCACAUGUCUAGUCGGAGAAAUUCCAGCUGUUAAGCUGGAGAAUGAUUCUUGUGUAAUUGGACAACAAAAAAAAUCAAUUACAUCGAGUGAUUGUAUUGAAGAGGUGCGAAAGUCUGAUUUAGACAUUGGAUCACUUCAUCUUAGGGAUCACAGUCAAUACCGUCAUUUUGUUUCCCAGAACCCUGGAUGUACAGUUGCUCCAGAUGAGAUGGAAAGUGACGACGGAGUGACUGAGCACAAUCAGGCUACUUCUUCAGGCAUGACAGACUCGUCAAAAGCUUCUGGAUCCACGUCUAGCUCACCUAACAGUAAUCAUAAGCAGAGACAAUCCGAAGAUAAAAUGAGCCAUGAAGAUGGUGGAUCACGAAUUGCAAUUAAAGCCACCUAUAAGGAUGAUACGGUCCGCUUUAAAUUUGAGCCCUGUACUGGAUGUCUUCACCUGUACGAAGAAGUCGCAAUUCGAUUUAAGAUCCAGGUAGGAACCUUCCAGCUCAAGUACCUUGAUGAUGAAGAGGAAUGGGUGAUGCUAGUAAGUGAUUCAGAUUUACAAGAGUGUCUAGAAAUAAUGGAAUAUCUUGGAAAAAACAGCAUCAAGUUUCUCGUCCGUGAUUUAUCUUGUAGUAUAGGCAGUUCAGGUGGUAGCAGUUGUUUCAUACCUGGAAUUUGUUAGGUAGCUCCUUGAACUACUCAAAAUUUCAACUGAAACUCUUGGCUUCUUCAAAAUUAGAGAAAAGGGUCAUGGAUAGACAAUCAACCUGGUGGCUGAAAAUGUGAAACAUACUAUUGGCCUUCCAGAUUGACGGCGACUUACAAAAUAUAGUAGAUAUAGGUUUGUACAGUAGAUUUAGUAGCUUAUGGAUGUGUUAGUGAAGCAGAGUAAGGCACUCCCUCUUCGUAGAAAUUGUUUCUCUUUUUUUAAUGUUUUGUAUAGAAAACUUUCUUUCAAUAUCCAACACAAGUCGAUCCAAAAUCAAGUUUUGAAGCUUUUGGUUCAUUGAGUAGUUUGCUGAAAAA